GGCAGAACAUUAAUGCACCGUACCUUUUGUCCCCAACCAGGGUGACAGAGCAAACAAUAUGGCUGAAUACUGGAGCGCCAAUGCCACUUCUGGGUCUGGGUACCUUCCGUCUGCGGGACGAGGAGGCCGUGCGUCUCAGCCUGGAUGCUGCUCUGGAGAAUGGCUACCGUCUGGUGGAUACAGCUGCCGUCUAUGGCAAUGAGGCCACCAUAGGCCGUGCACUGAGUGAGUUGCUGCCUCGCCAUGGCCUCACCCGGGCAGAUAUCUUUCUUACCAGCAAGCUGAGCCCGAGGGACCACGGAGAAGAGCUGGCUGAAGCAGCUUGCUUAAGGAGCUUGAAGAAACUGGGCUGUGACUACCUGGACCUCUACCUCAUCCACUGGCCGGGUACCCAAGGCCGGCCCCAGGAAGAUGCAGGGAACAGAGAGCGAAGGCGGCAGAGUUGGAGGGCCCUGGAGAGACUGCAUGCAGCUGGGAAGCUCCGGGCUAUUGGGGUCUCCAAUUACACCAUCCAACACCUCAAGGAACUGUUGGCAGAAUGCUGGGUGCCUCCAGCUGUUCUCCAAGUCGAGUUCCACCCAGAACUGCCUCAGUUGGCACUGCUGGACUUUUGUCACCAGAAGGGGAUCCAUCUGCAGGCAUAUUCUUCACUGGGGGCAGGACACCUUGUGGGGCAGCCAGAGGUGGCACAAGUCGCCAAGCGCCAAAGGCGCCAGCCCGCUCAAGUCUUGUUGCGCUGGGCUCUGCAGCAAGGCGUAAGUGUGAUCCCCAAGUCAGCCUCCCCGAGGCGCGUGGCUGAAAAUGGCCAGCUCUGGACUUGGGAGUUGAGCCAGACUGAUAUGGAGGAACUGAGCACCAUGGAUUGUGGCAAACAUUACUGCUGGGAUCCCAGUGGUGUGGCUUAGCAGCAUGGGGGAGGCUUGGAAGUGUUUUGUGGGAGAGGGGCAUGAAUAUGAGAAUGGUGGGGGAAACUUUGUUCAGAAAGAAAUAUUAAAAUCUAGCCAGUCCUCCAGAUCUGACGCUUGUCUUUUUCAAAGAGCUGCUUCCUUGCUGUUGUGUGCCUUCAAGUCAUUUCCAGUUUAUGGUGACCCUAUCCUGGGGUUUUCUUGGCAAGGUUUGUUCAGAGGUUGGCCAUUGCCAUCCUCUGAGGCUGAGAGCAUGCAACUUGUCCAGGGUCAUCAAGCAGGUUUUGUACUUGAGCGGGGAAUCGAACUUUGGUCUCCUGAAUCGUAGUUCAAUAUUCAAACCACUAUACCCCUAAGGUUUUAAUUUGGGGAAAAGACCUCCAAGCCACAGAUGAGGAGACUCACCAUUCUAUAUGCUACUAGGAUCCAGGGGGGGAAAGCCAUGGG